GACUCACAGCGCCCGUCUCUGCCCCGCCGGCUGGACGAUGCCUCUCUGCGUCCCAACGCUAAGUUUUCUCUCGGCGCUGGAACGAGCACGACGCGACCCCCUCCCGUUGCGUCCAACACGUGACUGGCGUUGCGCUGUCGAUGUUUUUCAUUUUUUUAAUCAUUAGGGAUAUGAUAUAUAAAGAUAAGAAAAGACAAAUGUAGAUAUUUCUUUCGUGUCGAGGAAUCACCGCGAAAGGUUAAUAGAGAAAUAAGUAAAUAAGAAGGUAAAUAAUAAGAACAGAAAGUGCUAUUCGUGUAUGGAUAUAUUUUCCUAUAUGCGUAACAUCCAAUGGUUCACAGACAAAUAUAGUGAAUGAAAUAUAACCAACGCCUCCUACAGUAAUAACAAUAUAAGAUGGAGAGCUCGCGCUUCUUCCUGACGCUCCUGACGGUUGCGCUGACGUCGCUCCCACACCCUUGGAGGGCCGAAGCCAUAGCCACCAAUCCUUCGAACACCAAGAACGUGACCUUGAUCUAUCCUUCCGACGCCACGCUGUUCAUAGGCUCGCUGUUCCCGAUCCAUGCGAGUCGACGGGACGUUAGCUUGGGCUUCGACGUGUGCAAUCGGCUGCAGGGCGAGGACGGCAUCCAGCCCUUAGAGGCCAUGCUGUACACCCUCGACCAGAUCAACCAGAACAGCGAGAUCCUCCCUGGCAUCACCCUCGGGGCACUGGCACUCGACUCCUGUGAAUCCCCCAGCGUCGCCCUCGACCAGGCCCUCGGCUUCAUUAAGGGUUACCUGGCAGGUGAGAACAAGUACCACGAGGCAGACUUCAUGUGUACUGAUGGGUCUAUCCCUACGUACCGUGGAGGGAAGUUCGACAAAGUGGUUGGUGUGAUCGGAGGACAAACUUCGGAAGUGUCUGUACAGAUGGCCAGCGUCCUGCGUGUGAUCGAGAUGCCGCAGAUCAGUUACCUCAGCACCUCAGCCUCUCUCAGCAACAGGGAAAAAUAUCCCUUUUUCCUCCGCACGGUUCCUUCCGACAGCACUCAGGCCGAAGCUAUCCUGCAGAUCCUCAGCAAAUUCGGCUGGACUUACGCCAGCGUCGUGUACAGCCGAGGCGAGUACGGCGAGGGCGGCUUCCAGCAGCUGAAAUCGCAGGCGAGUCGUUUCCACGUGUGCUUUGCCGCUCCUUCGCACCGUCUGGCCAAGGACGACAGCGACGACACCUACAGGGAGGUCGUGAGGGCGCUGCUGGCCAGGAAUGCUAGUGUGGUGGUGGUCUUCGCUAACGACGAGGUCACAGCGAAGUUAAUGAAAACGGUGCAGCUCCACGGCCGCUACUCGCACAUCGUCUGGGUGGGGUCUGACGGCUGGAGUUCAUCGUCGCCAAAGCAAGCGGAGGCGGUGGUCGAAGGCGCCAUCGCCGUCAGGCCUUUGGUCAACUCUCUGCCUGGCUUCGAUGAGUACUUCCGCUCCCUCACUCCUGCAGGGAACCAACGCAACCCGUGGUUUGCUGAGUACUGCGCCCAGGGGAACUGCCCCCCGAACGCCUCCUACGCACAGGCCCCGUGGUUGCACUUCGUCAGAGACGCCGUCUACGCCUUCGCCCACGCUCUGCACAACAUGUGGGAGGCGCGGUGCGAGGGGAAUCCGGGUCUCUGCGACGCCAUGGCCCACAGUGGACACGUACACGGACACGAGCUCUUUGGACACCUACUCAAUGUGUCUUUUGAAGACGUCAACGGUCGUAGCUUCCAGUUCGAUAAAACGGGGGCGGCCUUCCCUCGAUACAGUAUCCUCAACUACCAGCGUGUGGAUGACUAUAACUACAUGUGGGUCCCCGUCGGCACUUAUUCACGGUCAUCAGAGGGCAAAAUUCUCGACCUCGAAGAAUCCUCCUUGAAAUUCCGCCAGUACGACCACCUCCCUGUGUCUUCCUGCGGGACGCCUUGUCAGCCGGGAGAGGCCAAGAUACUGUUACAAGAUAAAUGCUGCUGGCGGUGUGAACCCUGCCAAGACUACCAGUACUUAGACAACAGCACGCAGCUCUGCAAAGACUGCGACGAAUGCGACGCCCCUGACGAGAGCAAAGGCGCGUGCAAGAAGAAGGAGGAAAGGUUCAUUGACUACAAGAACCGGUGGGCGAUCACGUCCCUGGCCUUCGCUAGUUUGGGCAUCUUCAGCACGGUCCUGGUAGCGGUCAUCUUCUGGGUUUACCUGGACACACCUGUGAUCAAAGCAUCCUCGAGGGAACUCUCAUACAUCCUCCUGGCGGGGAUCUUCCUCUCCUUCGCCAUGACCUUCGUGAUCGUCGCCCCGCCCACCUUCUUCACCUGCGGCAUCACGAGGUUCUUCCUGGGCUUCUGCUACACCGUCUGCUACGCCGCCAUCCUCACCAAGACCAACAGGAUAUCGAGGAUUUUCAACAAGAACCCGAGCAAGCCACAUAAGGCCAAGUACACCUCCCCGCGCUCCCAAAUGGUAAUCGUCACCCUCCUCGUAAGCGUGGAAGUGAUCAUCAACAUCUCUUGGCUCGUGUACUAUUCGCCCUCGACGAAGCACCUCUGCUCGAGAGACACUGGCUAUCGCAUCCGCAUCUGCAACGGCCUUGAUGACUAUUCGUACAUCGUGGGUCUUAUCUAUCCGCUGGUGUUGGUCUGUUUCUGCACCGUGUACGCCAUCAAGACCAGGAAGUGUCCCGGAGGCUUCAACGAGGCCCGGUUCAUCGCCUUCACGAACUACACGACCUGCCUCAUCUGGCUCGUCUUCGUGCCUCUCUACCUGUCCUCGGGGGCCUCUGAUGACGUCAGGAUCGUCACUCUGGCCAUGUCUCUGUCGCUCGGAGGAUUCGUACAGCUCGGGUGCCUGUUCUUCCCGAAAGUUCACAUCGUGUUAUUUAAGCCCGAGAAGAACACGAAGGACGCCGUGAUGAGCAUCCAGAGGACCUCCUCCUACAGGGCGGGAUCCAUCCGCCAGCAGCCUCCGGAUAACUUGCAGCAUCACUCGGCUCCCGCGAUCAUCUUCCUGAACAGCAAGCCACCCGUUAAGCCAGAAGGGGGUGGUCUCCAGAUCCCUCAGUUCCACGACCAGAACCUCAACCCAAAUGACGUUCCUGGCUUAGUUAACAAAGGCUUCUUCACGGGGAUGUCGAAGCCUAAAGAACCCACGGUUUUGUAAACAGGCCUCGGGGAUUUAGAGAUUCAGGGAGGUCGUGUAUGUGUUUUAUUUAUUUUCUUCUCUCUCUUUCUCUCUCUCUCUCUCUCUCUCUCUCUCUCUCUCUCUCUCUCUCUCUCUCUCUCUCUCUCUCUCUCUCUCUCUCUCUCUCUCUCUCUCUCUCUCUCUCUCUCUAUCUCUAUCUCUAUCUCUAUCUCUCUCUAUCUCUCUCUAUCUCUCUCUCUCUCUCUCUCUCUUUGUGGACUUACUGAUGCAGCCCUGAUGUUCCUUCGGGAUAGAUUGUACCUAAGAUGUGAUCAAAAGAUCUUUUAGAUUUGUGAACGUUGUAGGGAUUAGAGCCUCUCAAGGUGCUAUUUAGUGCUUGAGAUAUUACAAGAAUUCAGAAGGGUAUAACCUGUUCGAGAAGUGUGGCUGGAGAGAAACUGUGUGGAAUUGCAAGACACUAGUCGCGGUCCUAAAGAAUCACAUUCAUAUUUACAGUAUAAUGAAUGAUCUAGUCAUGUAGAAUAAUGUAAGAUGUGUUGUAUAUUAUUACUGAGGGAAGCAUUAUACAAAUCAAAUGUUUCCUAGUGCACAGUAUGGCCUGAUGUUUGUAACUGUUCCCGAGCUUAUACCUUACCACUGCCUUAAGCCUUCAGACGAAGGGACCCUUGUUACGAUAAGAUGCAAAUACUCAUACAUUAAAGAGUAUAUACAUGUACCAAAUAUAUGUAGAAACCCUAGUGUGUAUUGUUUUUUAUGUCAACUGAUGUUACAUUAAAAGACAGAGAAUUAGUUACAUCGUUAGGUUGUUAUAAUGUUACUUAUGCUAUAACGUAAAUACUAUUUUCUUGCACAACAUUCCAUUUUUACAAACAAGAUCAUAACUCUCUAUAUAUAUAAUAGAUAAACUGUAAAUAAUGUAAAUAUGUACUGAUGGUAAUUAAGUAUAAUGGAUACAUAAGUAUUUUACUCUGAUUGCCUGUUUUGAUUUUCUCUAUUACGUAAUUCCCAAGUGGUUCCAAAAUAAUACUGAUGUAAACCCAAAUAUACUCAAUUGAUGUUAUUUAUUCUUGCUUGAAUGAAAAUCGGUCACCUGCUGUACUUAAAAAAAUUGUACUUCAACACUCGACCGAUUUCAUGGAUAUACUGUGAUGAUGUGCCCUUUAUGUGUGGAGCAUUUCCUUAGUUUUAAAUAAAAUGAGAAAUACUUGA